GUUGGGCUAGCGCGACUUCAAGUUGGUCUCUGACUUUACCGGCAGGAAAACAGUAAGGAACCCAGGAAGACGGUAAAAAGCAUCUCGAUCUUCUCUUCCCUGCAUAAGAUUCCGUGCGAUUCUGAGGGCCUAGGGCUUCAGAUCUCAUCCCGAAAUCACGAGGAAAUUUGGCUGUUGCUGUUGAGCUUAUAUACUUGUGGAAUUAUUAUACAUAUAGGUAUUUAUGAAAAUACAUGGAGGAGACCGUACAUGAAGUUCACUUCGAGACGCGUCGUCACGCUUCGAGACCUUACUCAUCCAAUUAUCCUCCGCAGCAACAGCUAAAAGAAGGUGGCGGAGGGAGUUUACUUUCUUAUCUUCCAUUUCGAGGAAUUACUCGACUUAAAGAGAAAUGGAGCGAAUAUAGGCAACCAAGAAGAUUAAGAAGAUUAGUGUCCUUGUUUGUCUCUGCAAGAGGUGAUUAUGUUGCUGUAGCAGCUGGAAGUCAAAUAACAAUUUUGCAGAAGGAUAAUGACUACCAAGAGCCAGUGGGAACUUUUACAUUAGGUGGGAGUGCUGGCACAUUCACAUGUGGAACUUGGUCAGAAUCUCAUGAAUUACUUGGAGUUGCUGAUGAUACUGAUACCAUCUACAUUGUCAAGCCAAAUGGAGAAGAAAUGACCAAAAUUACAAAGAAGCACCUGAAUGCCUCCUCCCCUAUUGUUGGCUUGAUUGUGCUGGAUGAUGCUUCUGAUAAGAAAUCCUGCUUGUGUACCUUCACUGUCUUUUUUUCAGAUGGUUCAUUUUAUGACAUUGAGAUCUCUAAGGAUCCAAGUGCAUCCAUUUUUUCAAAACAAACAUUAAACAGUGCAUCAACACUAAGACACUGUCCUCCUGAAAUUUGCUGCUGGGACUAUCAUCAGAGACUUUCUUUACUUGUUCUAGUCAGUAGUGCUGGUGAUACAAAAUCUAGAGUUAAUGGGAGCACUGGAUCCCGUACUAUAUCUAUCUGGAGAAGGAAAGAUAAGUUACAAAUGGAACCAUUGGUUUUUACUCAAACUGAAGGUUCAUAUUCCAUACCAAAAGAUUAUUCUGGUCAACUGACAUCUCCAAAAGUGCUGUUCUCACCUCGAGGAAACUUUGUUGCUUCACUGGAUAUGGAAGGAUGCUUAUCCACUUUUCAAUUUGAUGAAGAAAAAUGUUCCUUCUCAAAACUUUCUGAUGUUAAGAGCUGCAACUCAGAGGCGACAAUUGAUAUUUCAAGCACUGGGACAGGGUUACAUGAUAUUGUGGAUUUUACUUGGUGGUCUGAUGAAGUACUUACAGUCGCAAAAAGAAAUGGCAAUGUGGUCAUGGUUGACAUUCUUAAUGAAGUAAAUAUAUCAGAGAAUGAUCUUGCAUAUUCUCUUCCCCUUUUAGAAAGCGCACAACAGUCCCCUGGGCUGGUUUUUCUUCUAGAGAAUACUUUAGGUGAGGAUAGCUAUAGAUUAUCUGAAAAGAAAGAUCUGAUUGAAUGUGUCAUGAGAGAAAGGCCUAAUCAAUUGGAUAUUUCCAAGCUGGAAUGGAAUUUAGUAUCAUUUACAAAAAGAUCAGUUCUUGAAGUUUAUGAUAAUCUGAUUAGCAGUCAAAGGUAUCAGGCUGCUCUCGGGUUUGCUGAUCGUCAUGGGUUUGACAAAGAUGAAGUGCUAAAGUCACAUUGGUUAUCUUCUUCCCAAGGAGUGCACGAGAUAAAUACUAUACUGCCCGCUAUCAAGGACCUAGGUUUCAUACUUUCUGAGUGUGUAGAAAAAGUAGGACCGACAGAAGAUGCAGUGAGAACUUUACUUUCUUUUGGGCUUCGCGUAACGGACUCUUAUAGAUUUUCUGACUCAGAAGAUAACGGCAAUGGGCAGAUUUGGGAUUUUCGUUUGGCAAGACUUAAGUUAUUACAGUACAGAGACAGGCUGGAGACAUUUCUUGGGAUAAAUAUGGGCAGGUUCUCUGUGCAGGAGUAUGGCAGAUUCCGUGAUUUGCCCAUCAGCAAAACUGCUUUGCUACUGGCAGAAAGUGGAAAGAUUGGGGCCUUGAACCUUCUAUUUAAACGGCAUCCUUAUUCUUUGAUUCCUUCCAUGUUGGAAGUUUUAGCUGCUAUACCUGAGACUAUACCAGUUCAAUCCUAUGGACAGCUGCUUCCUGCAAUUUCUGCUCCUUCGAAUAUUGUUCUCAGAGAUGAAGAUUGGGUGGAAUGUGAUAAAAUGGUGAAGUUUAUCAACGAGGUCCAUCAGAAUCAUGAGAGCAAUAUCCAAUUCAUGACUGAACCCAUCAUAAUGAAACACAUGGCAUUUCAAUGGCCAUCCGUUUCUGAACUUUCUUCAUGGUACAAAAAAAGAGCUAGAGAUAUUGAUACUUUAAGUGGUCAGCUAGACAACUGCAUGUGCUUGGUUGAUUUGGCAAUUCGUAAGGGAAUUUCUGAAUUGAAUCAAUUCCUUGAGGAUAUUUUCUACUUGCACCAGCUUAUAUAUUCUGAUGAAAAUAUAGAUGAGAUCAGCUUUUCUAUGAGUCUUGAUACCUGGGAACAACAGCCAGAUUAUGAAAAGUUCAAGUUGAUAAUGAUGGGAGCCAUUGAGGAUAAUGUAAUUCCUAGAUUACAUAAAAAGGCUAUUCCGUUUAUGCAAAGUAGGUUUCACACAUUGACUGGAGUUUAUGCCGCCGUUGAUUAUCUUACACGAGAUAAUACUGUUGACUCAUUUCUGGUCAGAUGGCUGAAAGAACUUGCUUCACAAAAUAAACUAGACAUGUGCCUAAUAAUAAUUGAAGAAGGGUGCCGGGACAUGGCUAACCAUCAUUUCUUCAAGGAUGAAGUGGAGCUCGUUGAUUGUGCUCUCCAGUGUGUUUAUCUGUGCAAUGAUUUAGACAGGUGGAGCACUAUGUCCACCAUUUUAUCUAAACUUCCACAGAUGCAAGAAAUUGAGGCCAAGGAUAUUAAGCACAGACUUAAACUUGCAGAGGGCCAUGUGGAAGCAGGACGAUUGUUGACAUAUUAUCAGGUCCCGAAGCCCAUAAGUUUCUUCCUGGAUGCACAUGCUGAUGAAAAGGGUGUAAAACAAAUUCUUCGUCUUCUACUUUCAAAAUUUAUCCGCUGGCAACCGGCACGGACAGAUCACGAUUGGGCAAACAUGUGGCGUGAUUUGCAAUCUCUUCAAGAAAAGGCAUUCCCGUUUCUAGAUCUCGAGUAUAUGUUGAUUGAGUUCUGCAGGGGAUUGCUUAAAGCUGGAAAAUUCUCACUAGCAAGGAAUUAUCUGAAAGGUACCAGUUCUGUUGCUUUGACAACAGAUAAGGCCGAAAAUCUUGUUAUUCAAGCUGCUCGAGAGUAUUUUUUCUCAGCACCAACUCUUGCUUGCCCUGAGAUAUGGAAGGCUAAGGAGUGUUUGAAUAUUUUUCCUAGCAGCAGAAAUGUGAGGGUAGAAGCUGACAUCAUUGAUGCUAUUACUGUUAGACUUCCAAAUCUUGGAGUCAACCUUCUUCCUAUGGCAUUUAGGCAAAUAAAAGAUCCUAUGGAAAUCAUUAAGUUGGCAAUUACAAGUCAAAGUGGAGCUUAUCUAAAUGUUGAAGAACUUAUUGAAAUUGCCAAACUUCUUGGAUUGAGCUCACAGGAAGAUAUAUCAACAGUUCAAGAAGCUAUUGCGAGAGAAGCAGCAUAUGCGGGAGAUGUGCAGCUGGCUUUUGAUCUUUGUCUUGUGUUGGCCAAGAAGGGCCAUGGUUCUGUUUGGGACUUGUGCGCUGCGCUUGCCAGAAGCCAAGCCCUUGAGAAUAUGCAUUCAAAAUCCCAAAAACUGCUUUUAGGUUUUGCUUUGAGCCAUUGCGAUGAAGAAUCAAUUGGUGAGCUUCUUCAUGAAUGGAAAGAUCUCGAUAUGCAGGACCACUGUGAGACUCUGAUCAAGUUGACUGGAAGAGAGCCAGCCGAAUUCUCAGAACCAAAUUCCUCAAACCCAGGGGAGUUCUCUGGCAGGAUUGGUUUCAACUCCGAGGACCAGGAACCACAGGUUACAAAAGCAAAAAGUUUACUCUCUUUGGUUGCUCAAAAUUUGGCCUCAGAGAAUGGAUGUGAUGGGGGAACCCUCCUAAAUGAGAAUGGGAAAGUGGUCUCUUUUGCCGCCUCACAGCUACCAUGGUUGCUCAAACUGAGUGAAGAUGCAGAUUUUGGGAAAAGAUUAACUUCAGGUUCAGUGUCCAGAAUCCAGCAUGUUAGUAUAAGGACUAGAGCAGUGAUGACUAUUUUAUCAUGGUUGACAAGGAGCGGUUUUGCCCCAAGAGAUGAUUUGAUCGCCUCUCUGGCUAAAUCUAUUAUGGAACCACCUGUUUCUGACGGGGAGGAUGUCCUAGGUUGCUCUGUUCUGUUAAAUCUUGUAGAUGCCUUUCAUGGAGCUGAAAUAAUUGAAGAGCAGCUUAAAAUAACAGAAAACUACCGUGAAUUUUCUAGUCUAAUGAAUAUGGGGAUGCUAUACAGUUUGUUGCACAGUUGUGGCUUUGAGUGCAAGAGUCCUGCCCAAAGGAGGGAGCUGCUGCUGUCUAAGUUUCAAGAGAAGCACAAAACACUGAGUUCAGAUAAAUGCACUGAAGUACCUGAAGCCCAAUCAACAUUCUGGAAUGAGUGGAAAGUCAAAUUAGAACAACAGAAGCAUGUAGCAGAUAAAUCAAGGGUAUUGGAGAGCUUAAUUCCUGGAGUUGAGACCUCUCGGUUUCUUUCUGGAGACAUGGAGUAUAUAGAGAGUGUUAUCCUUUCUCUUAUUGAAUCAGUUCAAAUGGAGAAGAAGCAAAUCUUGAAUGAUGUCCUCAUUCUAGCUCAUACCUAUGGUUUAGAUCGCAGCAAGGUGCUUCUAUAUUACCUCAAUGCUAUACUUGUUUCUGAGGUAUGGAGUGUUGACGAUAUCAUGGAAGAAGUUUCAGAUUUUAAGCAAGAAAUACUUGCUUGUGCUGGAGAAGUCAUUAAAUCCAUUUCUUCAUCUGUUUACCCUGCAAUUGAUGGCCAUGAUAAGCAGAGGCUUGCAUUUCUUUAUGAUCUACUUUCUGACUGCUAUAUGCAGCUUGAAGAAUCGAAAGAGCUACCAUUUGCAACUGAGCAUAAUCUAGUACAAAAAAGUGCACUUGGGCUUGCACAGUUUUGCAAAAUUGUUGGGCAAGAAUGCAGCAGGAUCUCUUUUAUUAAGGGCCUCAAUUUUAAAAAUAUUGCGGGUUUACAGGAUCUAAACUUUGGUUGCUUCAACAAUGAAGUAUGUUCUCAAAUAGAUGAAAAUAAUGUGGAGGCUUUAGCGAAGAUGGUUCAGAACCUUGUUCUAAUUAACGAUGAUACUGCGCCUGAGGGUCUCUUAUCAUGGAAAUAUGUAUAUACACAUUUUGUAUCAAGCUCUUUGGUAAUUUUAGAAGGUAAAAUUGAAACCAAAAUUCAUUUUCAAAGCUCUGAAGAAGUUUGCUCUUUUAUAAGUGAGAUUGAGCAGAAGUAUGAUGUCUGUAAAAAUUAUAUCAGAUUCAUGGAGUCUCCAGGUGUCCUGGACACAGUGCUGCGAUUUUUCACUAUCAUCUUAUACAUUAAUAAAAGGUUGAGGACCUUUCCUUGUGACUAUUCUGGUAAGGAGUGCCUUGUGAAACUGAUAAACUUCUGGCUCAGACUGAUGACUGAUAUGGAGGAGCUGGUGUCUCUCGACAUUUCAGGAGAAAGGUUCUAUUCAGAAUAUUCAAUGACAUGUUUGAAAGUUCUCUUGGAUUUGCUUGUCAAGGGGAUAGUAUCACCUAAUCAGGGUUGGUGCACUCUCAUUAACUAUGUGACAUAUGGUCUUAAAUGCAGUGUUGCUAUUGAAACUUUUAAUUUCUGCCGAGCAAUGAUAUUUUGUGGAUGCGGGUUUGAAGCUAUAGCUCGCGUCUUUUCUGAAAUUGUAGCACAGUUGCCAGCUGGAUCAUUGUUGAUCACAACCAUUGAGAACACUUCUGUUAAUAUCCAGGAUCUUCCAAACCUAUAUCUGAGUAUACUGGAAACUAUUUUACAAGAACUAGAUUCUGGGUCCCUUGGACAGCAGAGUUUACACUGCUUACUUUCGUCUUUGAGUAAACUGGAAGGAGAUUUGGAGGAUCUGAAGAAAGUGAGAAGUUCCGUCUGGGAGAGAAUGUCAAUGUUCUCUGGCAACUUACAGCUGCCAAGCCAUCUUCGCGUCUACGCCUUGGAGCUUAUGCAAUUCAUCUGUGGUAGGAGGAAAACUUUGGAUGGGUUUUCUUCCGAGGGACUGGCUGACCUUCUACCUUGGGAAGGGUGGGAUGACAUGAAGAAUACAAUUGCAAAUCAAGAUAUAUCUGAAGACUCAACUGCAGAGGAUGUGUCCAGUAGGUUUACGAGUACCCUUGUGGCUCUUAAAUCUUCACAGUUGGUUUCAUCUAUGUCUGCUAGCCUGGAAAUUACACCAGAAGACAUAGUCUCUGUGGAUUCUGCUGUUUCCUGUUUUCUAAGAGUAUCAGAAGCAGCCACCACUACAUCACAUGUUGGUGCUUUGCUGGCUAUGUUGGCGGAGUGGGAGGGACUCUUUACAACUGGAAAGGAUGAAAAUGCUCCUGUGGAAGUAUCUGAUGCUGUGAACAACAGCUGGAGCAAUGACGACUGGGAUGAGGGUUGGGAGAGCUUCCAAGAAGAACCAAUUGAGAAAGAAACCAAGGAAAGCAAUACCCCUUCAAUUCAUCCCCUGCAUAUUUGUUGGAUGACGCUCAUCAAGAAACUGGUAACCUUCUCCAGCCACAGGGACGUAUUGAAAUUGCUAGACAAAAAUACUGGCAAAAAUUCUAGAGCAGUACUGCUGGAUGAAGAUGAUACUUGUGAUCUGACUCGAACUGCGUUGGAAGUGGAUUGCUUUUUAGCUCUUAAGAUCGCAUUAUUGCUACCAUACGAGGCAAUACAGUUGCAGUGCUUGGAUGCCGUUGAGAAGAAGCUGAAGGAAGGAGGCAUACCGGACAAUAUUGCCAAGGACCAUGUCAUGUUUGUUCUUGUUUUAUCAUCUGGAAUUUUAUCAAGCAUCAUAUCAAAAGCUUCGUAUGGGUCCACAUUUUCAUGCCUUUGCUUUAUGGUUGGUAACUUUUCUCGUCGUUGCCAGGAGGUGCAGGCAUCUACCAUGAAACAUGCCGCCGCCACUGGAGGUGAGAAAAAUAAAGAAAACCUCGAUUUCCUCUUUGCAAAACUUCUCUUUCCAUGUUUUAUCACAGAGCUUGUGAAGGCUGAUCAGCACAUUCUAGCUGGAUUUCUGGUCACAAGAUUCAUGCACACAAAUGCUUCACUUAGCUUGAUCAACAUCGCGGAGCCCAGUCUGAGAAAAUACUUGGAAAUUCAAUUCCAAGAGCUACAAGAAAGGCAGCCCUGGGAGAAUAUGAGUUUCUGUGAACCGCUGUUGAACACUGUUACCAAUUUGAGAGACAAGUUAGGAAAUUUGAUACAAUUGGCACUCUCGUUGAUUCCAGCCGAUAUUAGGUGACUAUCACUUUACCUUCACACAUCCCUUGUAUACGUUCCUGUAGUAGUUUCUACUAGGUCAAAAAAUCUGUGUCUGAACGACAGCUGAAGAAAUGUAUUCUAUUACGUUCUCUUACAGGACAUUAGUAUUACACAUGGUGAGUCUACAUAAUCCUUAAUGAAUUAUUUUGUAGAAAUAAUUCUUUUUGCAGAAGGCUUCUGAUUCUUUUUAGUAUAAAUGUAUUUCUACAUGAAAGUUGGCA